AUGUCUCGCCAGGCAAAAUACGCAGAUGACUCGGGCGGCAAAAGCCAAGGCACUAUUCCUGAUGCGGUAAAUGCCGAGGCUCCAUGGACGUUGAAACUAGGUUUAGCGCGAGUGGCUAUAUCACGUGACUCAAUCCACCUUCCCUGUGAAACCUUGGCCGGAAGAAGAACCAGGAGCCGGGGACUGGGAGCUACCGACGGAGACUAUUACCAAGGCAGAGUGGUUGGUUAG